ACAUUGUCAGUUAUCUUGGCUUUGCUUUGCUUUUGACUUUUUUGGCCUCGCUUAAUGUCAGAACUUCCGAAGUGUGAUCAGAAGUACUCACACACAAUUUUUUUCUCGUUUGGCUUGCAUCCUCAAUUUUUUAACUGACUGGUUCUAAUUUCACGUGAACGCUUCGUGCACGAUAAUGUAUGUCAACUAGACCAAGUCGUCGACCAACCACCCAUAUACCAGCGAUAAUAAAAAACUAAUAUAUUAUAAUUUUGUAUAUAGUGCGCUCGAUUAGUGACGGCUUCCCUUCUAAAUACUGUGUGAAAUAAUCGUGCUACUGGAUCUAUAAAGUCUACUUUGUUGGUCCUACAUAUUGUACAAGAAGAUCUAACGUAUCAAUUUCUGUCUAAUAACAGGUGCAUAUCCAUGAUGGGUGUGUUCAAGACAGCGGUCUCCUUGGCUGUUAACAAUGCUAGAGUUGGUGUGAAGAGUAAUAGAUCUUCGUUCCGGCCGCUGCUGUCGUGCGCGCCAGUAGCAAUGAUGACAAUGGACCGCGGCGCUCAUACGCAAGACAUUACCAAGAAUAUCCAGUACAUCAGCAACGAGAAACUGAAGCUCACUGCAGACCCGAGCACCAUGAAGUUGAAUACUCAGCCAGACAAACCUCUCUGCGUUAUGAUCAACUGGCUGCUCGCCCGACAGAAGCACGUGAUGAAGUAUGCCACACUGUACCUGGAACAGGGCUUCGAUGUGCUCUCAGUGUCCUGCACGCCGUGGCAGCUUAUGUGGCCGGCUAAGGGUUCACAGCUCGUCGCCAGUGAUGUGCUGAAAUUCAUAGCCACGAACGAAAACGAACAUCCCAUGGUUGUGCAUGGGUUCUCAGUCGGUGGAUACAUAUGGGGCGAGGUCAUGAAUCAUGUAAUGAACAACAAAGACAGAUACUUGCCAGUCCUCGACCGUGUGGUAGCUCAAGUGUGGGACUCCGCCGCCGACGUCAGUGAGAUCUCAAUUGGAGUGCCAGCCGCUGUGUUCCCAAAGAAUAAAAUCAUGCAAAAAACCCUCAGAGCAUACAUGGAGUACCAUCUGAAGACCUUCCACGACGCAGCCACCACACAUUAUAUUCGUUCCUCCCAGCUGUUCCACUCGAACCCGUGUCGCGCUCCAGCGCUGAUCUUCUUGUCCAAGACCGACCCUGUCGGAGCCGAGAAGAGUAAUCGGAUGCUACACGAUAAUUGGGUCAAGUUGGGCAUCAAGUGCACGUGGAAGUGUUGGGACAAGUCUCCGCACGUGCAGCACUUCACGUUCCACAAGCAAGAGUACCUGGCCGCGCUCUACGCGCACCUCGACGCGUGCAACGUGCUCGCGCAGCCCGACAAGCUGGGCGCGCGGAUAUAACUCACGUGCGGCGACUCCGGACGCGGCCGGGUAUUUCAAGCUCGGUACCCCGACUAGUUCAUAAAUAUGGACGUUAAAUAAUUCAGCGAUUUGUUAAAAAUUGAUAGAAUAAUGAAAUUGGUCAACUCGAUUAGUAAUUCAUAAGCGUUGUUCCACAGACAACAGGUAGAGAGAUAGAUUGUACAAUUUCAAUUUGUACCGAAACUUACGUGUCAAUUGUAUGUGCCUUGAUAUAAAAUCUGUUUAGUACUCAGCCUCCGUCUUGCACUAAAAUAUAAUAGAUAA